CUGUAAUUGUCAUUUUCGUUUUCCCGUUCGGGCUGAUAGAUUCUUAUUGUUUUUAUAAGAAAAUAACGAAUUAAAUUACGAAUAAUGUGUACUUAUAGAAACUUAUAUAAAUUUUGAAGUGGAAUAUUAGUAAAAGACUAGUUAUUAACAUUAAUAAAUAACCUUAAGGUGGUAAUGAAAAUAGAUUCCCUGCGGGGUGUUUUUAUUGUUAAUUAAUAGUCUUUAAAUACACAAAAUGAGCUAUAAUUCUGGCGGAAGUGGUAGCAAAGGCUUCGGGUUCGCUGGUUUCACGAUGCCGAAGCGUAAUCCGUCUAAUGUGUCGCUUCAUGCGGUACCUCCGCCAACGACGCCGAUGCAUGCUGUGCCACCUCCUUCCACCGGUCUGUCGAAGCAGGGCUACUCCACUAUGAGUGCUAUAACUCAGAAUGCCGUUACUGGUAACUGGGGCUCAUUGGGGAAGAAGCGAUCAAAGACUGAAGAUGAAUAUUUCGAUGAGGAUGAUGAGCCUCCGACACCAGCACUGGCAUACAUCCCUGCUCCUGGAAGCCCUACAUAUGAAGCUGGAUCCAGUUCUAAGGUGCAAGAAGAAGAUGAAGAAGAUCCCCUGGAUGCCUACAUGGCUGGCUUGGAACAACAAGCAGCUAAGGACCUGGUGGCUAGCAAGGAAAAUGCAGCCAGCGGGAAGGGAGACAGCGGGAGAGGUACAAGAGGAGACAUUGAUGAAAUGGAUGAUGAAGAGAGUUAUUACAAAUAUAUGGAAGAUAAUCCCUUGAACCAGGGUGAUGAUGGUUCUGAUAUGGAGAUAGAAUAUGAUGAGGAUGGCAACCCCAUUGCCCCACCAAAGAAGAAGUUCAUUGACCCAUUACCACCCAUAGACCAUUCUGAGAUUGAGUAUGAGCCUUUUGAGAAAAACUUUUACACUCCUCAUGAGGAUAUUGAGAAGUUAACACCACAGCAAGUUGAGGAGUUGAAGAAGAAUUUAGGUGUGAAAAUAUCAGGCCCAGACCCACCAAAACCCGUCAGCAGUUUUGCUCACCUGGGCUUCGAUGAACAGCUGAUGAAGGCAAUCCGUCGCUCGGAGUACACACAGCCGACACCCGUGCAAGCUGCCGGUGUGCCCGCUGCAUUGUCUGGUCGGGAUCUCAUAGGUAUCGCCCGAACGGGUUCUGGUAAGACGGCCGCGUUCCUGUGGCCAUUGCUAGUACACAUCAUGGACCAGAAGGAGCUAGCGCCAGGAGAGGGCCCCAUUGGACUCAUCCUAGCACCCACUAGAGAAUUGGCACAACAGAUCUACAUGGAGGCGAAGCGUUUUGGCAAAGUGUACAAUAUUAGAUGCGUCUGUUGCUACGGAGGCGGCUCCAAGUGGGAGCAGUGCAAGGCGUUAGAAGGUGGUGGAGCAGAGAUCAUAGUGGGUACUCCAGGACGAGUCAUAGAUCUCAUCAAGUGUAAAGCAACUAACCUACAACGAGUCACAUACUUAGUUUUGGAUGAAGCUGACAGAAUGUUUGACAUGGGAUUUGAGCCACAAGUCCGUUCGAUCUGCAGCCACGUCCGUCCGGACCGUCAGGCGCUGCUGUUCUCGGCGACGUUCCCGCGUCGCGUGGAGCGGCUGGCGCGCGAGGCGCUGCACGACCCCGUGCGCGUGCAGCACGGCGCCGCCGGGGAGGCCUGCCAUCUCGUCGCGCAGCACGUCCGGAUAUUCCAAAAACCUGAAGAGAAAUGGACGUGGUUACUGAAUCAUUUAGUCGAGUUCCUAUCAGCGGGCAGUGUACUUAUAUUCGUCACAAAAAAGCUUGAAGCUGAGCAGACUGCGGCCAACCUGGGCGUGCAGCAGUACGAUGCUCUCUUACUACACGGAGACAUGGAGCAAGCUGACAGGAACAAGGUCAUCACAGCCUUCAAGCGAAACGAGAACAACAUACUCGUCGCCACUGACGUCGCUGCCCGAGGUCUCGACAUCCCUCACAUCCGAACAGUAAUAAACUACACGGUGGCCCGCGACAUUGACACGCACACGCACCGAGUGGGCCGCACGGGCCGCGCCGGGGCGCGGGGCGAUGCUUACACGCUGCUCGACAAGAACAAGGACAAAGACUUCGCCGGACACCUUUUGAGGAAUCUAGAAGGAGUGCAACAGGAAGUACCUGAAGAUUUGAUGCAGCUAGCGAUGCAGUCAGCGUGGUUCCGCAAGUCGAGGUUCAAGAAGGGCAAAGGAAAGAACCUCAACGUCGGCGGCUGUGGCUUAGGUUACAAAGAGCGUCCAGGUCUCCCCCCUCCCAGAGAGGAGCAGUCUCCCGCGGUGGCGCUAGACAAGUCCCACGGCCCCGCCACCGACAGACUCGCCUCGCUCAAAGCUGCCUUCCGAUCGCAGUAUAAUCAGUUCACAGCAUCCACAGACCAUUCGUGGGAGCAAACGAGGCCUAGUAUCCAGCCAGGGGUCAACGCCCCCGCGGCGCAGGCAGAGGAGAGGUCCGAGGAUAAAGCGGAGAGGAUGCGCAAGAGUGGGAAAAGGAGCCGAUGGGAGUAGGGGGAUAAUAGAAACAGAGUACUAUGUCAUUACAAACAGUGGACUUGUGUUUUGGGGAACUGAAAAAUAUAAAGUACUAUAUAUUUAUAUAAUUAGUAAAUGGUAAAUAAUUAUGAACUGAUAUUGAAGUACAUUGGUCAAGAGUACUCCGCUCUUAGCCUUUUUGUAUGUAUUGUGAGGUCGGUAUAUAUUAUGUUCGUUACCACGCGUAAUUGAAAUGAUAAAUAAAUAAAUGAUGUCAUGAAAUAUUAGACGCGUAUUUUAUAUUUUGCAGUGUAAUUGAAUGAUACUUACAUAAAAUGGGUUUCAAGUUUAGGAAUCACUACGUCACCACU